AUGCGAGAUGUCCUGAAGCAAGGACGCAAGCGUCGCCAGAACACAGAAGCGCCCGUUCACAAUAAUGCUGACGUAUCGUGUACAGACUGUACAGAGACGCGCAGUAACCAGGGGCCAAGCAGAGUUUCUCAGCCUCGCGACUCGCUGAGCUACUGUAGUAGCCGAACAACACCAAGCGUGUGGGAGCAUGCCGUGAACCUGUGCGCACCAGGCACCUAUCACGGGAGCGGAGCAUUCCUGGUCUCCGUAACUUGUUGCUACAGUGCUCCGCAUAACUCGGUGAUACCGACUUCCGCUGCUGCCAAGACAAUUAAUUUGUCUUGCCUGUUCCCUGCCGCUCCACUUUCGCAGCCUUGGACACCGAACGGUCCGCGUGAAUGGAGUACAGAGCGUAGCGCGAAGGCUUCCGGGAGCAGCCUAGCAAUUCCAAUUUGCUACUGUACUGCCCCAGCCCAGGAGCAUUGGCAAAUCCUUGAAAUCCGAUGUAAGACUUCUCCUUGGUCGCUCGUGGGACUGCUCAAGUCUCAAAGGCCGGAGGGUGUGCUGUUCUCCACCCCUUCCACUGUGACCCUACUUCCUACCGUCUCCGACGAGUGCGCACCAUGGACCCUUGUGGUUGCAACGCCUAUGCCCCUUCUCGAGCUUCCCAACGCGCUUCGAGCUGGAAUUCGUCGUUUCACGGCCCGACCGCGGCCAGCAGCGCCUCGUAAUGUUGCUAAGAUUUGUCGUGAAAACUGUCUUGCGCGCACUGGCCACCGCGUCCAUUCCUUGGCGCGACCUACUUACUCCCCUUCUCUUGCCUUUCUCUCUAACUCAACGAGGGUUACAUCUUUUGAUCCUCCAAGUUGGAGACAACCAGGCAUACCAGCAAAGUGCAAUAAUCGACGUGCCCUGGAAAUUUUGAUAGUGAACCCCUCCUGUACAGAUCCCAGCUGGCACGAAGUCUUGCUAUCGUUUACCUUUCGACCACACAACUCAUUCUUGGGCAAUGCGAGCACCGACGCUGCUCCUGACAUCUUCCGCUUUGACUUGCCAUUGGUACUCCGAGACUCUAGAUCGCAUGUUGCCAUCAUCGGUAUAGCUAAUCUAUGGUGGGAUGGGAAAUUCUUUGGCUCACAGCCCAUCAAGUCUGGGUUCUGUCAGCAGCUCAACAGACUCCAAGGCCAACGGCACACAUUCUGGACGGGAGCGACAUGGUGUUUUGGUGCAUCAAGUUCGAUCUGGAACUUUACAGAGCACGAAAUACUUCCAAUUUUGCUCACCGCUCUACCCGAGUGA